AUGUCCGUGCUGCCCACGCUCAGCGUGUUCAACGCUCUGUGCAGUGUUUCUGCACUGUGGGUGCUGUCGAAGGCAGUCCAGCAUCUACGCCGGCGCGCUCGUAGCACGCCGCUCGCGGGGCCGCCUAACCCGAACAUCCUUCUUGGCGCAAGUAGAUUCAUCAUCAAGGCGCCGGAUGCGGGAGAACUCUACGAGGAGUGGUCCGAGAAGUACGGUUCUGUGUUUAGUAUCCCGGCUACCCUUGGGCUCUCGCGUAUCGCCCUAUGUGACCCGAAGGCCAUCCUGCACUUCUAUUCGCGAGAGACGUACGGAUAUGUGCAAAGCACGAUGACGAAGAGGGCAAUCGAAAGCCUGGUCGGUCGAGGCGUCCUUUGGGCCGAAGGCGAUAGCCAUAAGAGGCAGAGGAAGGCGUUGUCGCCCGCUUUCAGUAAUGCGGCUAUCAGGAAGAUGACGUCUGUCUUCUACGAUUCAGCAUACAAGGUCAAAGCAGCAUGGGAUAGCAUAUUAGAAUCAGAACCCGGAGCCUCGGCCGUGAUUGACGUGCAGGGCUGGAUGAACCACGUAUCGCUAGACACCAUCGGCAUCGCGGGCUUCUCACACGACUUUGGUACACUACACGGCAAACAUUCAGAAGUCGCGAGCACGUUCGACGCCUUUGGAACGCUGAAGCCGACCCUUAUCGGAGGCAUGCAGUUCAUCAUAGGCCUGGUGUUCCCGUGGAUCCUGAAGAUACCCACUCCGUUCCGACGGCUUGUCAACAAGCUCAAUGCGAACAUGGGUGAGAUCGCCCAGGAGCUGCUGGAGAACACGCGGAAGGAGAGCCAAGGCGAGAGCAAGACGGAAGAGAAGUCCAUCAUCGGACUGCUGAUCAAGGCGGAGCAAAGCAACUCGGAGCUGCACAUGUCGGAGGACGAGGUUCUGGCGCAAAUGAAAGUACUCAUCUUAGCCGGUUAUGAGACGACGUCGAUCAGUUUGACGUGGUGCCUCUUGGAGCUCUGCAAGAAACCCGAGAUUCAGCAGAAGCUGCGCGAUGAACUAUCUCAAUUCUCUGGUAACGAUCCGACUUGGGACCAGUUCACUAACGGUCUACCGUAUCUUGACGCAGUUGUCCACGAGACACUGCGACUUCACCCGCCUUUGGGCGAGACGACGCGCGUAGCUACGGAAGACGACAUCAUCCCGCUCUCCUCGCCCAUGCGCACGCCUAACGGCACCCUCGUCGACAGCAUCGCGGUCCCGAAGGGGCAGCUCGUCAGUGUUCCCAUCCACAUGAUGAAUAAGUCCGUGAAGUUCUGGGGCCCGGACGCGAAGCAGUUCAAGCCCGAGCGCUGGCUGGACGAGGCCGGCAUCCCGGAGCCCGCGCAGGAGAUCCAAGGGCAUAGGCACCUCCUCACGUUUGUGGACGGUCCAAGGACGUGUCUCGGGCGGCACUUCGCGCUUGCUGAGUUCAAGGCGGUGCUCUGCGUCCUCAUUCGGAGCUACGUCUUUGAGUUCAGAGAUGGCCCGGACACGAAGACCGAGAUUAAGCGGGGUAUCCUCCCUAGACCGAGCAUCGCGGGAGAAGAGGGCGCAAGGUUGCCUCUGAGAGUUAAACGGCUCGAUUGA